UGCAGGGAAUGAGUAUGAAUGCCCGGCCGACCCAAGAACUCUCCAGCCCCCACAAGCACGACUUUUCAAAACCUGCCUGUCGCAAAUAAGCAAUUACACGUCGCUUCCCUCGGCUAAAGCAUUUCAGCUCCUUAACCCCGGAGUAGAAGUCUCCAUCUCUCCAUCUCUGCGCGCUGCUGCCGCCUGUGCCGCCGCCUGUGCCGCCGCCGGCUGCGCCAUCCCGGACCCAGACUCCUGCCCCAGCCAGGGGAGUGGGGGUCCCUGACUCCAGCUUCAGAGACCCUGUCCCAGCGACUGCAAACAUGUCAUCGGAAAAGUCAGGCCUUCCAGACUCGGUUCCCCACACUUCCCCGCCGCCCUACAAUGCCCCCCAGCCUCCGGCCGAGCCACCCAUCCCGCCCCCACAAGCGGCCCCUUCCUCGCAGCACCACCACCACCACCACCACUACCACCAGUCUGGCACGGCCACCCUCCCGCGCUUAGGGGCAGGGGGUCUGGCCUCGGCUGGCGCCCAGCGUGGCCCCUCGUCCUCCGCCACGCUACCGCGGCCCCCCCACCAUGCCCCGCCCGGUCCCGGAGCUGGGGCCCCCCCGCCCGGCUGUGCUACCUUACCCCGCAUGCCACCCGACCCUUACCUGCAGGAGACUCGCUUCGAGGGCCCGCUCCCCCCGCCCCCGCCGGCGGCCGCCGCCCCGCCCCCGCCGGCGCCAGCCCCGACGGCCCAAGCCCCGGGUUUCGUGGUGCCCACGCACGCGGGGGCGGUAGGCACGCUGCCGCUGGGGGGCUACGUGGCGCCGGGCUACCCGCUGCAGCUGCAGCCCUGCACUGCCUAUGUUCCGGUGUACCCGGUGGGCACGCCCUACGCAGGCGGGACCCCCGGGGGGCCGGGAGUGACCUCCACUCUGCCCCCGCCGCCCCAGGCUCCAGGGCUGGCUCUGUUGGAGCCCAGGCGCCCGCCCCACGACUACAUGCCCAUCGCUGUGCUGACCACCAUCUGCUGCUUCUGGCCCACGGGCAUCAUCGCCAUCUUCAAGGCUGUGCAGGUGCGCACGGCCCUGGCGCGCGGAGACAUGGUGUCCGCCGAGAUCGCUUCGCGCGAGGCCCGGAACUUCUCUUUCAUCUCCCUGGCGGUGGGCAUUGCAGCCAUGGUGCUCUGCACCAUCCUCACCGUAGUCAUCAUCAUCGCCGCCCAGCACCAUGAAAAUUACUGGGAUCCCUAAACACGGCCCCCACUCCGUGCCCCCCCCCGACCCACCCCAACCUCCCCGGCGCGCGCCCCGCGCACAUCCUUCCCUCCCCGCCGCGGCGCCGCUGGACCUGCGGGCAUCAUGGACUCCGCCCCCACGGAUCCUCCGGCCCGGCCAGGGCGCUCGGAAUCCAAAGCCCACCUCCCCAGCGGCGCUGGAACCCGUGCCAAGCCCUGAGCCCACUUCCCACCCCCAUCAAAGUGCAGUGCGGGCGGGAGAGAGGGGGGUGCGCGGAGCUCGCCUGGUCUCCACCCCCCGUACGAGUCAGCUCCGCCCCUCUCCAUAGGCUCCGCCCCAACUCCCACAAACCCCGCCUCCAGGCCGGCAGGCUCCGCCUUCUUUUCUUCCUAGGGGCGCAGUGUUUGAGUCUGUUGACCCGGGCUUGUGAAUUCAGGCCCAACCCCACAGACGGAUGGACUCUUCCCCCCCCAACCCCUCUAGAAAGGACUCAGCCCUGGGAGAGCCGCAGCCCCACUUUGGCUCGGAUUUCUGCCAGUGCAGGGGUUUUUCUCCUCCACCCUGGUCUCUCUUGCCUAUUUUCUUGCUAAUCCCAGAACUCCCGGAUCUGUUGCUUUGGAGUGAGAUGUGGGGCCGUUUCUGGUUUUUUUGUUUGUUUGUUUGUUUUUGUUUUUUUUAGUGCCCCUCACCCUGGAAAAACCACCAAGUCCCUGCAGUGUAAAUACUCUUUCUACCUGUGCCAACCCCCGGGGUCGGAAGGACUAAGGACGGGACGGGAGUCUGUGCUCCCCCUCUCCCCUCAGCCCUAGCCCUGUUUCGAUCUGUGCGUGCGUGUGCGUGUGUGAACUUCCGAAGGACGGUAUUAAAGACACUUUAGUGGGUUUACCACCCGCGGUUCCGAA